AUGAGUGCCUCGUCUCGCCCGCGCCCUGACGAUGACCAUGACCGCACCGACCGUCCCGCCGCCUCGACGCGAUCCGACGUCCGGAUCCCACCGCCAGAGUCAUCUGCGAGCAACAGCCAGGCUUUUGCCCAAAAUGCCGCCCUUCCACCUUCCGUCGACACGUCCAUUGCGCUGCCGCACAGAAGCAYCGCACACGUCUCGCCAGCCAGCGCCGGACUCACACUAAAGACCGACGUCGACGGACAAGCCGUUGCAGGUGGAUCGCGAUACAACGAGACGCCCACCAUCUCCUACGGUUCCGAUCUGCCAAUAGACUCGACUGCGUCUCAUACCUCCAGCCACUUGCCCGCCAUGGAGUCCUCCCUGCGUUCCAACAUGUCCAUGUCGAGCUUGACAUCCUCGCUCAGUGCCGGAUCCAAUCCUGCCCUGCCAUCUCCGUUCCUCGCGGCGAUGCCCGAUCUCACUCCGCUGCCCUCGCCGGUGGUGGGCUCCGACACAGUCUGGCGUCGACGCCAGACUCGAGCUUCAGUCAGUUCGCGUGAGGAGAGUGACUCUACGUACCUCAGCAAGCCGCAUUCCCUGCCCACCUCUCCAGAGUCGCCUUCCAAAAGAAAGAAGGCGUACGGCAGUCUAAUGCACGAAGCGGCAGUCGCGAAUGCUGCAAGUAUGGCUGGGGCACAGGAUUUGGCGAAAUCUGGCUCUCAUUCGCGGAACCGCAGCAUUUCCGACUUUGUUCCAGAGCAGUUGCACAAUGUACGGCCACGACAUGUCACCCUUGGCCAAGCGGAUACGACCAGUCUGGAGAAUCCAGAAUACCACAUGCAGCGAGAGGCAUACCUUGCAACACAGCGAGGGCUUACCGCAACGGCACCGCCGACUUUGGAAAAACCCAAGCAGCUACCCACUCCUCCUGCAAGUACCUACAGUGUUUCGGCAAACGACGAAACGGAUGAAGAAUUGCCGCAUCUAGAGGAUGGCACGCCCUCUGACUUUCUUGUCAUACAUUGUGGAAUUCAUAACAAGCGUCGCAAGUUCAGGCAGCUGCGACAACUCGGUCAGGGCACCUUCUCCACCGUGAUGUUGGCGACUCGAGAGCACAUCACUGCACAUCCUACACCCGAGAUAGAGGCGCAUCUAGAUCCGCACAAGUUGGUCGCUGUCAAGAUUCUAGAGCAUGGACCGGCGGGAGGCGCCGACGAAGAACGUAUCGAAACGAGCCUGAGACGUGAAGUGGAGAUGCUCAAGAGCAUAUCCCACCCGUCAUUGGUCCAACUCAAGGCCUGCGAGCAUCAAGCCUCACGCACAUUGUUGGUCCUCUCAUACUGCCCUGGUGGCGAUCUCUUCGACUUUGCAAGUCAGAAGCGUGCACUUUUGACUCCACCGCUCAUUCAGAGGAUGUUUGCAGAACUCGUCAGUGCUGUGAGAUAUCUGCAUUCGUCCGGAAUUGUCCACAGGGACAUUAAACUUGAGAACGUCCUUGUCAACAUGUCCGGAUCUGCACUACAAAACUUAGAGGACCCGACCACGCACGCCAAGCCGAUCGUGACCCUCACAGAUCUCGGUCUGAGCAGGCGGAUACCUGAGCCACCGGAAUCUCCUCUUCUAACGACACGCUGCGGAAGUGAAGACUACGCGGCGCCCGAGAUCCUCCUGGGACAGCCUUACGACGGACGCCUCACAGAUGCAUGGGCACUAGGUGUUCUUCUCUACGCACUUCUUGAAGGUCGAUUACCGUUUGAUGCACCUCCUGGGAAACCGGAGCGCAGUAGAAAUACUCAUCGCAUUGCACGCUGUGACUGGAUUUGGUGUCGACUUGGAGAUGAGGAUGGCGAUUGGAGUCCCACACGUGGUAAAGACUUUGAGGGUGCUCAGCAUUGUGUCGAAGGUCUGCUCAAGAAAGUCCGCAUGGGAAGGAAGCCUUUGGAGGAGAUUGAGAAGCUGCCGUGGGUGCAAAAUGGUAUCAAGGUACCUGGAGGUCUGCAGGCGGACGAGGAUCAGGAACUAGAUUGA